UCCCUCCUCAAAAACACAAACUCUCCCUUUUCCACACUCAAAAACAGAGCAAUGACUAAGCUCAACAUCACCACCAUUUUCUCCUUCUUAGCCCUUCUCCUCACUUCAACCGAAGCCAGACUCCCCGGUGUCUACUCCGGCGGAGCAUGGCAAACCGCUCACGCCACCUUCUACGGCGGCAGCGACGCCUCCGGAACAAUGGGUGGAGCAUGUGGUUAUGGAAAUCUGUAUAGUCAAGGUUAUGGUGUGAACACAGCAGCAUUAAGCACAGCACUAUUCAACAACGGUUUGAGUUGUGGCUCGUGUUUUGAGUUAAAGUGUUCCAAUGAUCCUAGUUGGUGCCACCCUGGAAGUCCUUCAAUAUUAGUAACUGCUACAAAUUUUUGUCCACCAAAUUUUGCUCAAGCAAGUGAUAAUGGAGGUUGGUGUAACCCUCCACGACCACACUUUGAUCUUGCUAUGCCUAUGUUCCUCAAAAUUGCUCAAUAUCGUGCUGGUAUUGUUCCUGUUUCUUACCGCAGGGUACCAUGCAGAAAACAAGGAGGAAUAAGAUACACAAUCAACGGCUUUCGUUACUUCAACUUGGUUCUAAUCACCAACGUUGCAGGUGCAGGUGAUAUAGUGAAGACUAGUGUUAAAGGUUCAAAAACUGGUUGGAUGAGUAUGAGUCGUAACUGGGGGCAAAAUUGGCAAUCAAAUUCUGUUUUGGUUGGUCAAUCACUUUCUUUUAGGGUUACAUCAAGUGAUAAACGUACUUCAACUUCUUGGAAUAUUGUUCCCUCUAAUUGGCAAUUUGGUCAAACUUUCACUGGCAAGAAUUUUCGAGUCUAAGGAAGAAAAAUUAUAAAAGCACUUUUUUAUACUAUUUACUAGUAAUUUUGAAUGUUUCUUGGUAUGUGGAUAGAGGGAAACAAGGUGGAGAAAAAAAUGGAAGAAAAAAAGUAGCAUUAUGAUAGUGACUAGUGAUGCUUUUAGGUUUUUAUUUGUCUUGUUUGUUAAGGUUUGUUUGGUGUUUGGUAUAAUGGGUUUUAACUUUUUUAGUUUUAGAGAGAAAAUGGAGGGAAAGAUUAUGUGAAAUUUGUAAGGAGCUGAAGUGGCUUCAAAGUUAAAAUUCACUAGCCCGCAGCUAUGGUUCUAUAUAUUCUACAUUAUGUAAUAUAUAUUAUUAUGUGACAAGACAA